ACGAUUGAGUGAACAGGACUAUUCAUGCCCAUACGUUGACUCCGACGACAACAAGUAUUUCAUUCAUUUGUUUAUCAUUGACUCAUCUCUCCAGAACCUGUUUGUGGAGGGAGUAUGGCGGAUAAUUCCGAAAGCAAGAAUGAGGAGUCGCUCGGAACUGUCUCCUGGGCGUCCGAUUACCAAGUUCUAGCGGACAUUAGAGAUGAUUCUCAAUUACCAUGUGUCUGUAAGCUAUCAGCUGAUGAGACCAAGUCAUUACCUGUUGGACUGUCUAUAUAUUGUGAUCAGCCCCUCUACAUGUACACGAGACGACAGAGAAAGCAGGUUCUUGGACGGACCAUAUACCACGAUGCCAGUGGGCCGUAUUACGAGGUGGGACAGACACUCAUCAUUCCUGAUAAUUUUGAAGGUUGGUUUGAAAUAGUCCCAGCAGACUUUGGCAAAUCGAAGGUAUUUUCCUCAGUAGGGGACGUGUCAAAGGUAAUGCCAAGAAAAAUCUUCACGCGAACACCAAUAACCGGAAUACGAAUAGUGGAAGAAAAUGGGCAACAAACAUUCAAGGAAAGAAAAAUUCCGGCGGGUUCGAUUCUUUUAGUUGACAGCACACUCUCAGCCAAGUGGGAGACUCGAGCAGAAAAGAGUGUUCGAAAGAAGAGAAUGGAAGAAUGGACCACAAUUGAAAUUCCAUACUUAAAAUGUACGGAUACAGAUCAAAAAGAGGUCCUUCUGCCUUUUACAACAAAGGGUCGGUUCAGUAGCGUGUAUGAAAAAGAUGCCAAUAAUGACAGAAGUAUAUACAGAAUAAAAGACCUUUUAUCGGACUUCGAUAUGCCAACAAUAGUUCGUCUAGUUUAUGGCAAGGCUCCGGUUGUUCCGUGUAUUUUUACGGGAAUGAUAGCUCUGAGAGAGACGGUCUCCGAGGAUUUGAUCAUUGCCAGUACAACCACGAACAAGAGAAACGUUUUAAUAGAAAUUCCGAUUUCUUCGCCAUGUGUUCUAUGUUUUCCUGAAAAUGAAGAACCAUUAAAGGGUUUGAAAACAUUUGAAGACGCCCAGAAACUUUGUGAAAAAUAUGCUUUGUCAUUUUCAUCGCUUAUAAAAUUAUCGUCAGAACUGGACACACAUCAUAUGAAAGUGCAAUACAAUCCCAAAAAGUCAAAGGUCAAAGAUUCGGGCUUGAAAACUUUGGAUUUAAUAACAAACAUUAGUUUAGCAGACGAGGAGCCCUCGGACAGGUUUAUGGAGUCGGAUAGUGACUCCAUUCACAGCACAGACCAAUCAAUGCCGACACGCGGAAUAUUCAAAUUGUUAGAAUUAACUGAGCUUAAACGAAAGUCAACAGACUGCUAAUUUUAAAAACAGUAUUCUGUUUAAUUGUUAUUGAAUUGUUUGCCUUUCCCCCGAAAAUUAAUCACAGGUUAUUUGAAUAUCCAUGUUCAAUUAAUAUAAUCGUGCGCAUACAAAACGAGGCGAACUACAUGUACUUUGCCUGUAAUGCUUUUAACAUACGUCACUCGUCAGCAUUUCAAAAGUUAGGUCAGAACCUCUGAUAUCAAAAUUAUCAAUUAUACAAUUUAAAUUUUAUAAAAUAUUUGAAUUAAACAAUGCAAAAUCGUGCGACCUUCGAUUUAAAACUGUUAAGAAUACUGUAAGUCGUUUUAAUUCCACGGUGUUAAAAUUUCACGAUUUCUCAAAAAGUAUCAAUCGCGAUGGUUUUAAUUUCACUUUGCAAGAAAUUAAUUUAAAUUUUGUAUAAGCAUCUAUUCAAUGUAGGUUUCAUAUGAUAGCAGGAGAACAAAGUU